AUGUCGGAAGAGACCUCAACAAGUUCGAGCGCCACCGCCAGACCUGCGCUGGAGGACAUUUUCCGGUCGUCAACUGCCGUGAAUUCUGCCGGAGACUCAUCGGCCUCAGUUUCUGCUCUGACCUUACACUUCUCUUGCGGAAACCCUAGAAUCGAAGAGAUCAGAGGCGUCAUGCAUCUAUACCGUGACGAUGUCGCUUCAUCCUCCUCCCAACUUCCAGUUGAACGAAGGCCUCUUCUUUGUGUGCUUGGGGUGCCCAAUCACAUGACAUAUGCAGAUUUUUGCCAGUUCUGUGGUUCGUUCAUUCAACAUAUGUUGGAAAUGCGUAUUGUCAGGAAUGAGGGGAUAGAGGAUUGCUAUAAUAUAUUGAUCAGGUUUAAUGAUCAAGACUCAGCAGAUAGUUUUUACAAGCAUUUUAAUGGGAAGCGGUUCUCAUCUCUUGAUGAUGAGAUUUGCCGAGUGCUUUACACUAUUGACAUCCAGUACACUGGUUCAAUUGAGCAUUCACAGAUUUCUACCACAAGCUCUAUGGAUCAGCCCUCCUGUCCUGUCUGUCUUGAGAGGUUAGACCAGGACACCAGUGGAAUUCUCAUUACUAUAUGCAAUCAUUCUUUCCAUUGCUCCUGUAUUUCUAAAUGGACAGAUUCUUCUUGCCCUGUAUGCCGCUAUUGCCAAGAGCAGCCCGAGAAGUCAAUAUGCUUUGUCUGUCAAACUGCUGAGAACCUUUGGAUGUGUAUCAUAUGUGGCUUUGUUGGUUGUGGAAGGUACAAGGAAGGACAUUCCAUUACACACUGGAAAGAAACACAACACUACUACUCAAUUGAAUUGGAAACACAACGGGUGUGGGACUAUGUUGGGGAUAACUAUGUCCAUCGUUUGAUUCAAUCCAACAUUGACGGAAAGUUGGUUGAAUUGAACCACCAUUGCAUGCAUACUGAUGGGGUUUGUGGCGAUUGUUCUGGGAGCAAUGAUGCCAUAUUGCACAGUGAAGUUGAAGCUAUAGUGAAUGAGUACAAUGAGCUUCUAACUUCACAACUUGAAAACCAGAAACAGUAUUUUGAGUCUUUAUUGCAAGAAGUUGAAGAGGAGACUGAAAGAGAAUCUUCUGCAGCCGUGGAAAAAUCUCUGAGUCAAAAUCCAAAAUUGCUGAAAUUGCAGGCAAAGCUAGAAAAGUGUAUGGAAGAGAAGAAAUUUCUUGAUGAUAUCAAUGAUAAUCUUCUGAGAAACCAGAGCAUAUGGGAAUCUAAGAUAGGGGAUGUUGAAGAAAGGGAGAAGAAGCUUUUAAAUCUGAAGGACGAGAAGAUUCAAGAAUUAGAGGAGCAGCUGAGAUGUUUGAUGGCGUCCAUUGAGGAUGUUUAA